AUGGCGCAAGCAUCAGGCCAGGUCUUAGAGCAUCGCAACUCUGUGCCAAUCGAGCACUUCCUUGAGUCCAAAGGGCCCGACGGCACCCUCAUAAGCAUGAACGUCUUCGUCGACCCGUCGAAGGUUGAUGACUUCAUAAAACUCAUCACUCCCACAGCCCGUAAGAUCCGCGAGUAUAAGGAGUGCCUCUUCUGCGAGGUCUCGGUACAUCCGACUGAUAGGGGCCAUUUGCGAGUCCUGCACGGCUGGACCAAGGAUAGCGCUUGGUUUCGAGAUAACCUCGAAACUCAAACGUGGUUUGGAGACUAUGUCAAAGCCCUUGCGUCGAUCAGGGAUCCCAAUCGUCAUCGUCAAAUCCAGCACUUUGAUCUCAUUCCCACCCAUUGA